CUUCAAUAUUAAUAUUAAUGUAAAAAAACACCCAGCUGGGGCAACGCCCGCAGCGACCGGGCUUGUGCGUAUGGCAAUCUGAGAAUAGAACACAAAUCGACAGCAAAAGAAAAGGAAGCAAGAAUUGAAGAGCAGGAAGACAACUUUAAGCCAAAAAGGAAUCGAUUUUGCUGUGCAAAUUCAGGGGGAAAAAAGAGAGGAAAGAAGAGGCUUUACACUACCCAUAUCAUCUCCUCUGUCGGUGGUUAUUUAAGAUCAAUUGAAGAUGUCCGGGGGAGGAGAAUAUAGCGAUCAUAAGCAUCUGUUGCGAUCCAACAUUGAGGAGGAAGAAGAAGGAGAUGACUUAGAAGCUCAAAGCAAAAAGCAAGGAAGCCCCAUCAAGAGUAUCCUCAAGCAUUUGGAUCGUGGAUUCUCCGCCGGUCGCUUAACCCUCAAGCGACAUGACAGAGACAGAGACAGACAUCAUUCAUCUACUUCCUCUUCCGCUACUGGGACGGAUCAUCGUCAUAUUGAAGAUAGUCCCGGAAGUACUGAUGUUCUUGGGGAUGGUGCGCCUCCGGAGUGGCUCUUACUGCUCAUUGGUUGCUUUCUCGGCCUCGCAACUGGCCUCUGCGUCGUCGCCUUUAAUAAUGGGGUUCAUGUGAUACACGAAUGGGCGUGGGCAGGGACCCCAAACGAGGGUGCUGGUUGGCUCCGUUUGCAGAGAUUAGCUGACACUUGGCAUCGAAUUCUUCUGAUACCGGUCACAGGAGGAGUUGUUGUUGGGAUGAUGCAUGGUUUGGUUGAAAUUUUGAACCAAAUACGGCAAUCUACUUCUUCCCCUUCUUCUCAAACGCAAGGAGGGUUUGAUUUACUUGCAGGUGUCUUCCCAACAAUCAAGGCAAUUCAGGCUGCUGUGACUCUAGGUACUGGAUGUUCUCUGGGUCCUGAGGGCCCAAGUGUUGAUAUUGGCAAAUCUUGUGCCUACGGAUUCUCAUUAAUGAUGGAAAACAACAGAGAAAGGAAGAUUGCGCUCGUUGCUGCUGGUGCUGCUGCUGGUAUUUCGUCAGGUUUUAAUGCUGCUGUUGCUGGGUGUUUCUUUGCUAUUGAAACUGUUUUACGGCCCCUUCGUGCUGAAAAUUCGCCUCCAUUUACCACAGCAAUGAUAAUAUUGGCUUCUGUUAUUUCAUCUACUGUAUCGAAAGUCUUGCUCGGGACCCAAUCGGCCUUCACAGUGCCGUCAUAUGAUUUGAAAUCUGCUGCCGAAUUACCUUUGUACCUGAUAUUGGGCAUGCUAUGUGGUGUGGUAAGUGUAGCCUUCACUCGCUUGGUCACUUGGUUCACCAAGUCGUUUGAGUUUAUCAAGGAAAGAUUUGGCCUUCCUGCUGUUGUGUCCCCUGCUCUAGGUGGUCUAGGAGCUGGGAUAAUUGCUCUUAAGUAUCCUGGAAUACUCUACUGGGGUUUCACGAAUGUUGAGGAAAUCCUGCACACUGGAAAAACAGCUUCUGCUCCUGGAAUCUGGUUGCUAACCCAACUAGCGGCAGCCAAAGUUGUGGCUACUGCUUUGUGUAAGGGUUCUGGGCUGGUGGGUGGUCUUUAUGCUCCUAGUCUGAUGAUUGGUGCUGCUGUUGGCGCUGUCUUUGGAGGUUCAGCUGCAGAACUUAUCAAUUCUGCCAUUCCAGGAAAUGCUGCAGUAGCACAACCACAGGCCUAUGCAUUGGUUGGAAUGGCUGCUACUUUAGCUUCGGUUUGUUCAGUACCAUUGACAUCAGUUCUGCUUCUUUUUGAGCUGACAAAAGAUUACAGGAUACUACUUCCUCUCAUGGGAGCUGUUGGAUUAGCUAUUUGGGUUCCCUCUGUAGCGAAUCAGUCCAGGGAGACUGAAGCAUCUGAUGCACAUGGUUCAACAAGAGGUUAUGCAUCUCUCUCAGCCACUGAAGAUAAAAAUGAACUUACUUGGGGACGAGUUGACAAUGGAGAUGAUUUGGACCUCUCAGUCAUGCAUAACACUGACCAUGAAUCAGUCACUGAAGAUGUGGUCUUGGAAGACCUGAAGGUCUCCAGUGCUAUGUCAAAGACCUAUGUAAAGGUUUCACCCUCUGUAACCUUAAAAGAAGCAAUGAAUUACAUGCAUGGCGGUCAUAAGAAUUGUGUGCUUGUGGUUGAUAGUCAUGAUCGUCUAGAGGGUAUACUUACAUAUGGAGACAUUAGACGUUUGUCUGAGAAGUCUACUGAUGCUUUGAAGAUUGAUUCAACAGCUGUGGAUGUGAAUGGAUGUCUUGUUUCAUCUGUUUGUACUCGAGGAAUAAGCUAUCGUGGGCAAGAACGCGGACUAUUAACUUGCUACCCAGACACUAAUUUGGCUAUUGCCAAGGAGCUAAUGGAGGCAAGAGGAAUCAAACAGUUGCCUGUGAUAGCGCGUGGUGGAAAGCAUGAAAAUGAAAGGAAACGAAAAGUUGUUGCAAUUGUUCAUUAUGAUUCAAUCUUAAAGUCUCUCAGAGAGGAGGUUGAUCGCCGAAAAUUGGUCUAUGAGCAUAAUAAAGAGAACAAUAUUGAGGAGAGAAUUGGAAACGGCCAUUAGCAUGAAGUAAGUGAUUGGCAAGCCUCAGUUUUCAACAGUUAUGGACUUGUUGCAUAUGAGAACCAGGGGUGUUCUUAAAGGUGCACUCCAAGCCUUGCAGUGGAUCCAGGUAUAAGUGUUUUGUGUCCAUACGCGUGGGAUGAGAGAUCUGCAUUAUGAUGGUGCUUGCUGAUUCUUGUGGCAUUAUGAUGGUGUUUGCUGAUAUCCAAGAAUCGUUUGUGUAAUUCAGCAACUUGCCCUCGGUACAUGUAUUUUUAUUUUUCAUUAACAGAGCAGAAUCUGAGUGGGAAACAAGAGAAGUCGUGCAAUUAAUAUUUCUAGAGGGAUGGAGGCUCGUUUUUUGUUAGCAUGGUCCAAUAUCCAAAUGUUGAUGUUUCCUUAAUGCAGAAAGUUCUCUCUAGUAGUAAAUAACCAGUUUUAUCUGAGUCAGGAUAACAUUAUACAUGACUGAGUGCUCUAGCUCAGGACUGUAAAUGAGCUGGGACAAAUUCAAUAUUGCAUAUUAAAGAAAUUAUUGAGAUU